AUGAGGGUCCGGAGCAAUAACAUAACGGCUCAUUUCCGGGCGCGCUCCGCUAGCCCCGCCUCCGCGCCGGAAGUUCCGGCGCCGCGCGCCGAGGUCAGGUGGUCAUCCGGAAGUCGAUACGUGGCCGCCUUCCCGUCCCCGCCGAGGAGGCGCAGCAGCCGGAGAUGGCGGGCGGUGCUGAGCGCAGAGCGGCUGGAGGUGUCGGUUGACGGCCUCACGCUGAGCCCGGACCCGGAGGAGCGGCCCGGCGUGGAGGGCGCCCCGCUGCUGCCGCCGCCGACGCCCGCUGCCACCGCCCCGCCGUCGCCUGCCGGGGCUGGGGCUGGCCUGGGCGGCCCGGGCGCCGCCGGGGAGGCGGGGAGCCCUGGGAGGGCGGCGGCGGGGGGCGCGGCGGAGGAGGCGCGGCGGCUGGAGCAGCGCUGGGGCUUCGGCCUGGAGGAGCUGUACGGGCUGGCGCUGCGCUUCUUCAAGGAAAAGGAUGGCAAAGCCUUUCAUCCAACUUAUGAAGAAAAAUUGAAACUUGUGGCCCUGCAUAAGCAGGUUCUUAUGGGACCAUAUAAUCCAGACACUUGUCCUGAGGUUGGAUUCUUUGAUGUGCUGGGGAAUGACAGGAGGAGAGAAUGGGCUGCCCUGGGAAACAUGUCUAAAGAGGAUGCCAUGGUAGAGUUCGUCAAGCUUCUAAAUAGGUGUUGCCAUCUCUUCUCAACAUACGUUACAUCCCACAAAAUAGAGAAGGAAGAACAGGAGAAAAAAAGGAAGGAAGAGGAGGAGAGAAGGCAGCGUGAAGAAGAAGAGAGAGAGAGACUGCAGAAGGAGGAAGAGAAACGGAAGAAAGAAGAGGAAGAAAGACUGAGACGGGAGGAGGAAGAGAGACGACGAAUAGAAGAGGAGAGGCUUCGACUGGAACAGCAAAAGCAGCAGAUAAUGGCAGCUUUAAACUCCCAGACUGCCGUGCAGUUCCAGCAGUAUGCGGCCCAGCAGUAUCCAGGGAACUACGAGCAGCAGCAAAUUCUCAUCCGCCAGUUGCAGGAGCAGCACUAUCAGCAAUAUAUGCAGCAGUUAUAUCAAGUCCAGCUUGCACAGCAACAGGCAGCCUUACAGAAACAACAGGAAGUAGCAGUUGCUGGGGCAUCUUUGCCUGCAUCAUCAAAAGUGAAUGCAACAGUAGCAAAUGAUGUAAUGUCGGUUAAUGGACAGGCCAAGACGAACACCGACAAUUCUGAAAAAGAAAUUGAACCAGAAACUGCAGAAGAAGUCCUGGAGAAUGGACCAAAAGACUCUCUUCCAGCAAUAGCAGCUCCAUCUAUGUGGACACGACCGCAGAUCAAGGACUUUAAGGAAAAGAUUCGGCAGGAUGCAGAUUCUGUGAUCACCGUGGGCCGAGGAGAAGUGGUCACUGUUCGAGUACCCACCCAUGAAGAAGGAUCAUACCUCUUUUGGGAAUUUGCUACAGACCAUUAUGACAUUGGGUUUGGGGUGUAUUUUGAAUGGACAGACUCUCCAAACACUGCAGUCAGCGUGCACGUCAGUGAGUCCAGUGAUGACGACGAGGAGGAAGAAGAAAACAUCACUUGUGAAGAUAAAGCCAAAAAGAAUGCCAACAAGCCUCUGCUGGAUGAGAUUGUGCCCGUGUACCGACGGGACUGUCACGAAGAAGUCUAUGCCGGCAGCCACCAGUAUCCAGGGAGAGGAGUCUAUCUCCUCAAGUUUGACAACUCCUACUCUUUGUGGAGAUCAAAAUCCGUCUACUACAGAGUCUAUUAUACUAGAUAAAAUUGUGUUACAGAGCUAGGAGUCUAGGGGUGGGCAGGAGAGAGCAUUUAAUUUGCAAGUUUCUUUGACUUUUGUGGAACAUUGCAGUCUGUGUUUACCCUAUUGAUUUCGGUCUCAUGGUUUGUGAACCCAUUGGGAAUCAAGAUUUCCUUAAGACUCUUGAGCAUUCAUACUUCGGGCUGAAAAGGAGUCCUCAGACUCAUCCAGCCUGUGGGUACUGACCUGCAGAAUCAUUAGUGGACACUGAAGUUGCGUGAGCUCUGUGUUAAAUCUUGAAAGUCUCCAAAAUAAAAUAUCCCAACAUUGACCCCUCCUGGCUGAUGGUUAGUCCAUUGCUGCCUGCUGUAUGUGUUUGCCGAGACCUCUAGUCAGAGUGCUCUCCCACUUGAAAGGUCACCACUUUUUAAACUAAAAACUAAGAUCUCACAAAUUAUAAUGGGCCAGGAAAUCGUCUCAGAUUGAUCUUGUUCUGAGUGGCCCAGAUCAUUUUUUGCCUUGGAUGUAGCUGUUUAGCUGAGAACUAUAUUACAGGGAACACUUUUUUUUUAAGUCCCAAUAAAAGAACACUUCGACCAUUCUUAGUAUGUUUCCAUAAAUUGACUCUUCGUGUGUUCAUAUCUCUAGUUAGCAAAGCAGAAGCAAUCUGUUAUCUUAAUUUGGGUUUAUAAAGAACAUAUCAAGUGGGAAACGUUUUGACACACACAUCUAGUUACAAUUUUGUUAUCCCAAAUUGGCACCUAUUGAAUAAAAAUAUGGGGAUAACAUUGCACUAAUAGGAAAAGCACUGCCAGAGAUACUGCAGUUCGUUGCUCGUUUUCCUUUAGUUUGUUACUAAGGUACAAAUCUUAUGUGAUGCAUAUGCCCAUACUUAUAUUUUCUAUAGCUUUAAUUUAUAUUACAUCUUUAUUGAUGGGCAAGGAACAUCUUUGUUUUCCUUACUUGAAAACAUAUGGAUUAAUUGCCUCAAAUUAAGUGAUUAACAAGAAAUUGUUUUCAGGAGGGAGGGUGAUAUAGGUAGAAAAUGACAGAAGUGGCAAUAUACAUGAUUAAUCUAUAUUACUAAAAUACAUAGAUAUUUUAAAUGUUCAAAUCAUAAGUCACUUCUAGUAGGCCUUCCAUUGAUUAGCUGCAGUUUAUAAAGGUCACUACAUGAGGGAUUUUGUGUUUGUGCUACAUUUCUGUUUUUUAAGACCUAACCCUCAUUAGGUUACUCGGAAACUGGAUUGUUUUUCUCUUACACUGUGCUUUAUUUGUUUUUGUUUGUUUGUUUGUUUGUUUUAUUUGAUUUUAGUAGUCCCAGCUCAUGGGUGUCCACAUUGUUACAUACAAAAUAUUUGUCAAGUCAUCCAUCGACUCCUGUAUAUAUAUAUGGUACAGAAACCACGGGGUUAGGCACUUCUUGGCUUUUUUUUUUUUAAUGAGAAAAUACUGUAUUUAAAGUGUAAAAUAAACUUUUAAAAGCAGCCACUAAUAUAUAUAUAUAUAUAUAUAUUUCUUCUAGCCUUUGAUUACAGACUUGUCCUUGCAUAUAUUAAGAUGAAUUAUCUUCUAAAAUUAUUGCUCUUGGGAGCAGAGUAUGUUACUUUACACAGCAGCAAUUCCUGUCAUGUCAUAUCAGAACAUUUUUGGUUUUUAAACUUUUUUAUUGCCUUUGGCUGUUGAUUAAGUAAGUACAGUAAUAGUGCGAUUUCAAAAAAGAUCUUGAAAAUAAUAUAUUUAAUCAAUUAAAAUGUUUAUCUGUAA